CCGUGCGGGGAUUCUUCAAUUCGUAAGUUCUCCUGGAUGGACUUUGGUCACUAACUCUUGGUAAACCAACCUUAUUGGACAAAUCGAAAUUGUACCUUACAUGUCCUAAAGAUGGAGAGAAAUCAACCGAGGUGGAGAAAUCCUAAGUACACAGAUGGAGAGAGAGAGACAAAACCCAUCUUACUGUAUCAACAUUAUUUGAUCCUGUCUUGCUAUGCUUGGAAUUUUGUUAAUGGUUAUGGAGUUUUUAAGAAAAAGAUCGAAGGAUGUAAGAUGUCAGGUACACCUCCCAAGAUGCAUCAAUAUACUAAAUUAACCGUAACUGCACAUACAAAAGGAGCAAUAAAUCGAGCGCACAAUUAUUUGAUUCAAGAAAUCAAAGAGAUAGCUAAAAGAAUUAAGCAGAAAACAGGAAGAUCUCGAUGGAUUUCAUUGACUCCUAUUCCCUUAUUCCAUUGCAGUUUAUGCUUUAAACCAGACCACCAUAAGACUAAGUGUGAAAAUUGUUCCUUUUGCUCUAAAAACACACACCUUAGAAAAAACUGUCCAGAGCUAAUUAAAAGAGUUGGCCAAGUCACUCUACAAAUCCAACCUGUUAUCAAACCUGUUAACGCCCGCAGAGAAGAAAGACGACAAUUUCGACGCAAAUUAAGAAGAGAAUUUACAGGAAAUAUUUGGUACAAGAUACCUGGAAAAUAUGACUCGAGAAUCCUAGAGAAAUUAGAACCAAUUGGUUCUCCACCUUUGCCUACUUUAUCAUUAGACAUGGAAGGAAAUGGAAGUGGAGGUGUUGGUAAUAUUCACAUAUCUGGAUGGUUCGGAAAUAUAAUUAGAAUUCAAACAAUUUAUUAUGCCGAAGUUAAGUCUGAAAAUUCGUUUUAUUCAAAUACCAAAAUCACAGGACUGCAACCUAUCGAUUUAGCAACAGGUCUACCUUUUCAUCAAGUCCGUUCAACCGUCCUUAACAUAUUAAGAGGAAAGAGAGUAAUUACACAAGGAGAUGGCGACUUACGAUUAUUAAAAUUUACUCCGACUCACCUAAUGGAUAACGAUAUUACUUGGAUUGAUUUACAAUCAUUAUGGCCUGGUCAGCAACCGUUAGGGUUAAAUUAUGUUGACAAAUUCUUCUUCCCCGAGAAUCCUAAACUGAAACGCGAUGAUCCAACAAAUACAAUCGCUGGACAUUCUCCAGAAAGAGAUGCCCGAGUUACUCUUAGAGGAUACAUGGAGUAUUUAAAACUAGCAGAUUAUAUAAAUUACGUUCCGACAUCAGAGACCAUAAGACGAAUGGUCAACUCAAAUUUAUCAAUCAAUGAUUGGUGAUAUCCAAUAGCAUCCAUAUUAUCCAACACUUUAUUUCAUAUUAUUACUAAUCCAUAUUUUAGUUGUAUUUUUUCAGAACGAGGACGUUCUUUUGGUGCCCCGGUCAACUGUAACAAAAAACUGGUUUUAACCAGGUUGGUUUGGUGCUACCUUUCCCUACCUCAAGUAGGUAGGGAAAGGCCAUAAUUGGUUGAAAUUUGGAGGUCGGCCAUUUUAAACGGGAGAAGAUUUUCUCCCUCAUCCAGCAUAAAAUGGCCGACCAUUUCUUUGUUUGAGCGCGUAUCUAGCCACCCGCGGAAGCCCUGGUCAACCAGUAAUCGAUAUAAGUAAAAUACUAUUUGAUGUUGUGAAUUUCACCUCUUACAUUUUCACCAUAUUAGUAAAUUCUAAUUGACUAUAUGUA